AUGGCGGACGCUAAAGCGACAAUCUGCUAUCUGAAUGGUCUUUCUCUUCGCACAAUCAAUGAAGUAGAGAAGAUCUUGCGCGCUCUUCCAAAACAAGGCGAUCGUUGUGAGAUGCAGAUUUCCAGAGCGUCUUGUGCCGAUAUUGGACGUAGCACUGGAGAUGUCAUUGCGUCAAAAAGUAUGCAAAUCCGUGAAGCACCAAGACCAUUGGCUCUUUCUCCGCCAGUUGAGAAAAAAGAAGAUGAUUCGGUGGUGAAGAAAACAGAUAAAGCGAAAACGAGCAAGAAAACUUCCGAAUACAGUUGCAUGAGUUCUGUCAAGGAGGAGAUUAAAAAAAUGGAAGUUCGCACUACCAACGCCUCCGGUGUGACUUCAACUACUGCUUCGAAAGUCCAUUGCAAAGUUCUGACCGAUCAAGUUCGCGUUUCUCCAAUUGUCGCUUGUAAUGGCGUGAUUUUGGAGCUCGACGUGGAGGUUACUAUUCCGGAUCGAGAGGAAAAGAAGAAACUGAAAUUGGAGAUCGAAUGCCCCGAUUUUGUUCCUUCUCGUAUGAAAAUUGGAAACAAGUGGAAGAAGAUCGUUGAAUUUUAA